ACUACAGCACAGAAGGAAUAAGGAAAGAGAGAGAGAGAGACCCCAAGAUCAGAAAUAGAACAUCAAGGUGGAAGAUGUGGACACAGUAGAUGAGCCUCACGUGCCUGAAAAAAAUGUGCACUAUAGUGGCACGCUGCCUAAACACUGUGACCCGCAAUUAUGUGCUUGUACGCCAUCUUUCUUCCACAGUGGGGAAGAGCAAACCUGGAGAGGAACUCCCAACCUUUCAGUAUGUCGGUAAAAGAUCCAAAAGGAAGGACCGAGUUUUUGUGUGGGGCUUUUCUUACACAGGAGCUUUGGGCAUUCCAAGCUUUGUAGUACCAGACACAGGAAGGAAAAAGCCAAAGCGGUACCAACUAACUCCAUAUAGGUUGGAUAUGGAUGAAAAGAUCUCAUCUGCAUCUUGUGGGUAUGGAUUUAGCCUAUUAUCUUCCCGGACAACAGAAGUCACAAAAGUUUGGGGAAUGGGACUAAACAAAGAUUCUCAGAUUGGCUUUCACAGGAGCAGGAGAGAUCGAACAAAGGGUUAUGAGUACAUCCUGGAACCAUCACCAGUCCCCCUACCUUUGGAUAGGCCACAGGAAACUCGAGUUUUGCAAGUAUCAUGUGGUAGGGCACAUUCGCUCAUCCUAACAGAUAAUGAAGGAGUUUUCGGCAUUGGGAACAAUUCAUAUGGCCAGUGUGGAAGGCGGGUUAUUGAAGGAGAGAUUUAUAGUGAAAGCCAGUUGGUCCACAGGGUAAGACCAUUGGAGAACAGAGUUGUUCAGGUGGCAUGUGGUCAAGAUCACAGUUUCUUCAGGACCGAGCAAGGAGAGCUGUAUGCGUGUGGCUGGGGAGCUGAUGGCCAAACAGGCCUUGGUCAUUACAAUAUCUGCAGUGUUCCUACAAAGCUGUCAGGGGAUUUGGCUGGAGUGAAUGUGGUCCAUUUGGCUACUUUUGGAGAUUGUUGUCUGGCGAUAUCAGAAGAAGGUCAAGUGUACGGGUGGGGAAAUUCGGAGUACCUACAGCUUGCAUCCAUCACUGACCUCACACAGGUCAAUGUUCCUCAGCGCCUACCAUUCCAGCACGUUGGGAAGGUGAAGCAGGUGGCGUGUGGUGGGACAAGCUGUGCAUUAUUAAAUGAUGAUGGCAAUGUUUUUGUUUGGGGUUAUGGAAUACUGGGGAAAGGGCCAACAUUUCUGGAGUCUGCUGUCCCUGAGAUGAUUCCUCCAACACUAUUUGGUCAGAAUGACUUCAACAAAAACAUCAGGGUCAUGAAGAUCUUUUCAGGACUCGGCCACUUUGCUGCUCUAACAAAUGUCGGAGAUGUCUAUGUCUGGGGUAAAAAUUUGAGAGGUUGCUUAGGAACAGGAAGAUUGGAAGAUCAGUAUUUUCCAUGGCGGGUAACUGUUCCUGGAGAAGUGGUGGACGUUGCCUGUGGUGUAGACCACAUGAUAGCACUUGUGAAAUCUAUUGCCUGAAAGUGGGAAGAAAAAAAUUUUACAGGACAGUCUGUUGUAUAUUGUUACACAUGAGAAAAACAAAGAGGAGCUCAACCCCAGCCCCU